CUGAUAAAAUCAGUGACAAGACGAGAAUCACUUGUGCUGUUAUCAUGAAUAAUGAAUAAAAUAUAAUUAAUGAUCUCGACGGCGACGAUGAUGGACGUCCGAAUAGGUGAAAGUAAAACGUAAGUGCCUAGAAGUAAUCUUUGUUUUCUGUGCCGGAGCCACCGAGGUCCGAGACAGCUAACAAUAAUCAUUCCUCGGACAUACGGAAAUGACGAUGUGACACGGUUACCGGGUUACGUAUCAUUACUUCGCGGAAUCAGAAUAUCUUUCGUUCACACGUCGUCCGCGUGUGCACACAGUAAACGGAAUUCAAUUUCAGCAUUUCGGCCCUCAGACAUGACCACCAAGCGGAGCACUCGGUCCGGGUCGAUCGAAUCGAAUUACAUACCUACGGGCUUGGCCAUGAGAUCUGAGACCAAAGGCACGCUGCUGGUCAGGGAACCGACGACCGUGUCCAACAUAUUCUUGACGGUGUUGCUGUUCGCAUGCAGAAAAUAUCUCUUUUUCUCGACGCACAGACGGCUGUUCGUGUACUUGAUCCUGCUGAUCGCCUCCGUAGUCGGUGACUUCAUCAAGUUCCCGAAAAUCUACUUUGCCAACAGCGACACGUUCCUCAACCAGUACCUGGUCAAGUGGGGUUGGUUCUGGACGUUGCUGUGGACGCUGUCGUUUCUAGUAACCACCAGCAAGGUGUUCUGCCUCAACUCUCGCCCAACCAUUACCGUGCAUGCCACUCGUCUGGUGGUUGCCACAUUUUUCUGGUACUUUUGGACGAAUGCCUUCAAUCGACUCGAAGAUUAUUACGGCAAGUGUUCGGGGAGCAGAGGACUGACCCGAUCAGCGUGCAAGUCUGCUGGUCACCUAUGGAAAUCGUUUGAUGUUUCUGGCCACGUUUUCAUACUCAUAUAUAGUACACUGGUGAUGAUUAGUGAAGCGAGGCCUAUCAUUGGCUGGGAUAAAAUUCAAGACGUGUUGAGAAAUGAAGAGAAUGCGCGCAAAGAAGGCAAAAAAGUUGCGACCACAUUUAGCAGUUUGAAAGAAGAGGAACUGCAAGAGAUGAAAGCCGUUUACAAAAAGAUGACACCUUACGUACAAGUCUUAUUCAUAGUAAUCACAAUUUUUGUCGCUAUUUGGGAGUUAAUGCUCAUCACAACAAUGAUGUAUUUCCACACAAUGCCCGAAAAACUAUUGGCGGGCAUAGUGGCAAUAUCAACGUGGUUUGUGACAUACAGGGGCUGGUACAGUUCAUCAUUUUUGCCCCCUCUGCCCGGUGACGGAUUCUUUAAAUAUCAAGCACUUCAAAAGAGUGAAGUAGGUAUUUAGUUAUUAUUACGGUGUCAUGACAAUAUAUUGGUGUUUUGUAUUUUUUUUUCAAUAACAAAAUCCGUAUGUUUAUUUACGGGUAAAGUACUAUGUUAUAUCUGUAUGUGUUCAUUUUGAAUAACAAUUUUUACUGGUUCUAUUGUUGUUAAAAUAAAUUUUUUGUUUUCAAUAUAUUAUAUAUAUAUUUGCUUGAUUGUUUUUAUUUAGUUUUUUUUUUUAUUGAUUUAUUAUAUUUAACUGUUGAACAAUAUUUCAUAUGUAUUUAAUUUAAUUACAUAAUCUCAAUUAAUUUACUUAUUGUUUUAAACUUAUCCUGAAAAUGUAAGUUGAAUAAUUAGAAAUUAUUUUAUUUAAAGCUAAUUUCAGUUAUCAAAUAUUUACAAAUGUACAGUUUUAUUAUUUUAAUAUUACUGACUUUGUUAUACUUUAUUUUAUUAUCGGAAAAGAAAAUCUAAGUAUAUACUACUUUGUUAAUAUGUAAACUACUUAUAUGUUAAUAAGUUUAUUAAAAUAAAAAUCAGUCAAUUAAAUAU